AUGAAAAUGAUCGAAAAUACAAGACUAAAUCAAAUCAAAACUACUAAUGACUCUUUACAAAUACCUAUUCCACCGCCAAUUAAUGACCACUCUGAUGAAGCUGACUCCGUAAAUCUUGAGCAGACACAAAUUGCUAUUUCUCCCGAAGUUAAUUCUAAUAAUAUCUCUGGACAUACAGCUAAUGCAUCUGAUAACGCACCAAGUUCUGAU